AUGAGGACCAUAACUUCAUCCAGUGGAGAAGAGGAAACUGUGACCGUCAGAAGGAGCGAAUCUGCGGAUGCUCAGGAGAUUGACAGCCUCAUCAGCCCCUCAGCUCUGGACGUUUUUGGAAGGGUCAACGUAAUUCAUCUUCUAGAGAAAGCCAACCUGGCCGUGACUCUGGCCAAUGAAAAGGAAGACAUCCUGGCCCACGCUUGCUUCUUCGAUCACCCCGUCGGAGAUCUGGUGGAUCAGACUCACUGGGAACCUUUCCUGCAGAAACACUUCAGCGCUGAAACAUGCACACCUUUGAACACACUCUUCCUCCACCUCUUCGUGGCACAGCCAGACUUUGCCGAAGCAAGUGUAAAAGAAAUAAUGAGGGCCGUCUUUAACGCCAUCGUAGAGCUUGAAUUCAUCUGCCUGCUCAGCCCGAACGUUGGUGGUUUAGAGCCAGCGCUGGAUGAGGUGUUUGAGCCGCUGCAGCGUCUGACUGACCCCGGGCCUCGGUGCUCAGCGUUCAUCUGCCACAGAGAAGAGCACUGUCCAAAGCUUCAUAUCCGCCCGGCCAGGGUUGAAGAUCACGAUGACAUCAUGCGCAUAUUUGCAGAGCAGGCCAAACUCCUGUCCCUCAGCGACCAGCCGUACUUCCUGUCAGAGCUCAUCGAGGCGCAGGACGAGAAGAAUCACACGGCGGUUUGUGAGAGUGACGGCGUCGCAGUCGGCCUCCUCAGUCUGACGUCUGAUGUUGAUUUGAAACGGCUGAACGACAGCUUUGAGUUGAGUGAGUUCGAUGGUUUGUACAAACGCGUCGUACCUGCUGCUCAGUGCGACUCCAGAGAAACCCAGCAGGAGGAAACACAGUCGACUGAACAUUUCACUGAGAAUUCAAACGCCGUCUGCAUUCAGUCCUUCAUCAUUGACAAGAAUUAUGAAACGAGAUCAGUGGACUUUAUUCCAUAUGUAUUUAAUCUUUUCCCUGACUUUGACUUCUGCAUCAUCACUGUACCGACGACGUCCUCUGAGUUCCCGUUGCUGCAGAGCUUCCUCAGAGUGCUGCCUCGCGCCUCCAUCUCGCUGGCCCGUGAACUCUACGUCCUCCACCGAGACGGGCUCAAGAGUGUGGAGGUGAGGCCGGCUGUGGCUGCAGACCGGCCGGCCGUCUCUGACCUGGUGAAGGGUCUGAGACUCAACGAGUCCCUGCUGCAGGACCUGGAGCGCUUCUACGAGACCCGCAGAGACCAGGAUGGCGUGGCGCUGCAGGCCUUCGUGGUCCAGGUACACAGUCAGGUUGUGGGGAUUCUGAUCCUCAGAGACGAACAGGACAUCAAGUACAUCUGUGCCCACUACAACAUCGAGAACUUCAUCUACUUCAGCCAUCACCGCCACGAGGAGCACGCUCAGAUUCGCCACUUUGUCCUCAAACGCUCCUUCCAGCACUUCAGCAAACACUUGUUCAAAGAGGUGCUCCGUCUGGCUCGCAGGUCCUGUCUGUUCCACAGAAUCUACCCCUCGUUCCACAGCCAGGAGAAUUCCUGCGUCCACCAUCUGGAUUUCGUUGUCAACUGUGCGGUACCCGUCCGCCCACGAAGCCAGAUCAUCUACCCGCUGGAGGAGCUUGGCAUCAAUGCCCCUUCCAGGCAGAUCACCCAGGACCAGGCUCCGUUCGCUCUCAGCCUCAUCAGCAGGAAGUUAACCAUGGAGCCCAAGGUCCCCGUCAACACCAGGAUUGUGGUGGUCGGGGCGUCGGACACGGGUUUAUCUUUCCUCGAGGUGCUUUGUUUCUGCCCUCACCUGAGGUUCAACAACCUGACCCUCGUCUCCACAAACGGUUUCUCCGGCGACUACGACCACGAGCACGUCGGGUUUCUGUCCACAAGUCAUGCAUACAGCAGCAGAGACUUGGCCCAGCUCCCUCUGCAUUCAUGCGUCACCGUGGUGACUGGGAAGAUGGUGGGCAUCAACAGGAAGUCCAAACACGUCCUGGUGUCCGGCGGUGUGAAGGUGCCCUACGAUCACCUCGUCCUCUGCACGGGCCUGCAGUACCAGGUUCCCUGUCCUACUGGUUUGGACCUGAACCAGUCCGCCACAAACAUCCGUCUGCAGACCGGAUCCAGAUACACCGGGCCCGUCCCCUCCAACCUCUUCACCCUCAACGACCUUCACGACUGCUCGGCUGCUCUCCGCUGGCUGCGUGCCAACUUUAUGGAGCUGGAGGACAACGCCGUCGUCUACGGAAACGGCAUCGACGUCUUCACCGCCGUGGAGACUUUGCUGAGCCUCGGCAUCCGGGGGAAUCGGAUCCAUCUCGUCCUGCCGCCUCCCAAGCUCGGUGUUUCCUGCUUUGGCGACCCCGUCGUGGAGAAAGCUGUGGCGACGGCCUUAGAAAAGGCCGAAGUCCAGAUCCACCGCAACUGCCUGCUGGCCCAGAUGAACGACGGAGAACAUCUGGAUCCACUCACAUCUGUGUCGUUCACCUCCGAACCAGAGCCCCUCCGUCUGCAGUGUGGAGUGUUCAUCAAUCUCUCCAACAAAGGAGUCGACUACGACGCCUUCAAGAGCAUCAACGACUCCUUCCUGGUCUUCGACAGCAGACUCGUCAUAAGCUCCAAUUUCCAAACAAGCGAUUCUGCCAUUUUCAGUGCCGGGCCUCUCACGAAGUUCUCCCGCUGCUACUACGCAGACGAGUGGUCGCACGCCAGCUUCAACUCCAAGGAAGUGGGCCGGGACCUGGCGGCCAUGUUGCUGCCCCUCUUCGACCCGACGCUGGAGGCCACGGUGGAGCCGCCGCCUGAGAUGGACCGCCUCGUGCCGCUGUACAAACAGGCCAAGAUUCAAGGUGGGAAGCUUCCUGGAGGGUUCAACUACCUGCAUGUUACCAAACCGUCUGCUGCCAACCUGACGGGUCCUCCUGUUAAACCUUUGCAGGACAGCGGCAUGGUGACGGGACGAGCGGAGACGGGGAACUACUUCUGUUUACAUCUGGACUGCUACGACCUGCUGGAGACGCUCACCUGUCUGUCCCUGAAGCCCCUCCCCGUCUCCAAUUACCUGAGUCUGUUCGGGAAACACCAGCAGCUGCUGGGCCAGCUGUCCAUCCGCUACCACCAGGGUCUGAUCCACGACCUGUACAGUUUCUUCACACAGAGCUGGUGUUUGGCCGUUUAUCACGACAGAUUCUCCGACUUUGAGCAGGAGCUUCAGCAGAUCACCUCAAACGCAGUCAGUGCUUUUUAUUUAUAUCCCAAACAGAGUUUGAUCAGAGAGAUCGAGGACGACCGGUUCAAAGACGCAGAGAGUCGAGCGUCUCUGAGGAGCAGCGUCGCGAAAUAUCUGACCUACAACCGAAACCUGCUGCCCAUGUUCGCCAGGCCGGGACAGCUGUGACGUCACACCGGACAUCACGU